UCAUCCCGCGGCUCCCACUCUGUCCCAUUAGGCCCGCGACACCGUCACGUCCGAACUGGCCGCGGUCAAGAUCGUCAAGCUGGACCCAGGGGACGACAUCAGCUCCCUCCAGCAGGAAAUCACUAUCCUGCGUGAGUGCCACCACCCCAAUGUGGUGGCCUACAUUGGCAGCUAUCUCAGGAAUGACCGCUUGUGGAUCUGCAUGGAGUUCUGCGGAGGGGGCUCCCUGCAGGAGAUUUACCAUGCCACUGGGCCCCUGGAGGAACGGCAGAUUGCCUACGUCUGCCGAGAGGCACUGAAGGGGCUGCACCACUUGCAUUCUCAGGGGAAGAUCCACAGAGAUAUCAAGGGCGCCAACCUGCUCCUCACCCUCCAGGGAGAUGUCAAGCUGGCUGACUUUGGGGUGUCGGGCGAGCUGACGGCAUCUGUGGCCAAGAGGAGGUCUUUCAUUGGGACUCCGUACUGGAUGGCCCCCGAGGUGGCCGCUGUGGAGCGCAAAGGUGGCUACAACGAGCUGUGUGACGUCUGGGCCCUGGGCAUCACAGCCAUUGAGCUGGGCGAGCUGCAGCCCCCUCUGUUCCACCUGCACCCCAUGAGGGCCUUGAUGCUCAUGUCCAAGAGCAGCUUCCAGCCGCCCAAGCUGAGGGACAAGACUCGCUGGACCCAGAAUUUCCACCACUUCCUCAAGCUGGCCUUGACCAAGAACCCCAAGAAGAGGCCGACAGCAGAGAAGCUUCUACAGCACCCAUUCACAACGCAACAGCUCCCUCGGGCUCUCCUCACCCAGCUGUUGGACAAGGCCAGUGACCCCCACCUGGGCGCCCUCUCCCCGGAGGACUGUGACCUGGAGACAUACGACAUGUUUCCAGACACCAUUCACUCCCGGGGCCAGCACGGCCAGGCUGAGCGGACCCCCUCAGAGAUCCAGUUUCACCAGGUGAAGUUUGGCGCCCCACGCAGGAAGGAAACGGACCCGCUACCUGAGCCGUGGGAAGAGGAGUGGACCCUGCUGGGCAAGGAGGAGCUGAGCGGGAGCCUGCUGCAGUCAGUCCAGGAGGCCCUGGAGGAAAGGAGCCUGACCAUCCGGCCAGCCUUGGAACUCCAGGAGCUGGACUCUCCAGACGAUGCCAUAGGAACCAUCAAGCGGGCCCCGUUGGGGCCAGCCCCACAUGAGCCUCCAGCUGAGGACUCUCUGUCCAGCCCCCCAGGAACCCCACCCCGACCUCUCUCGGGCUCGGACAGCCCCCCGCCUCUCCCCACCGCCUGGGCCACCAUGAAGCACCAGGAGGAUCCUGAGAGAUCGUCUUGCCAUGGGCUGCCCCCGACCCCCAAGGUGCACAUGGGUGCCUGCUUCUCCAAGGUCUUCAAUGGCUGCCCCCUGCGGAUCCAUGCUGCUGUCACCUGGAUUCACCCUGGCACCCGGGAUCAGUUCCUGGUGGUGGGGGCCGAGGAAGGCAUCUACACCCUCAACCUGCACGAACUGCACGAGGACACCCUGGAGAAGCUGAUCUCACACCGCUGCGCCUGGCUCUACUGUGUGAACAACGUGCUGCUGUCACUCUCAGGGAAAUCCACGCACAUCUGGUCCCACGACCUCCCGGGCCUAUUUGAGCAGCGGCGACUGCAGCAGCAGGUUCCCCUCUCCAUCCCCACCAACCGCCUCACCCAGCGCAUCAUCCCCAGACGCUUUGCCCUGUCCACCAAGAUUCCUGACACCAAAGGCUGCCUGCAGUGUCGUGUGGUGAGGAACCCCUACACGAGCAGCACCUUCCUGCUGGCCGCCCUGCCCGCCAGCCUGCUCCUGCUGCAGAACUUCUCCAGCCCCUUGUUGCCCAGCCCAGCAGGGAUGCUGGAGCCGCUGGUCCUGGAUGGGAAGGAGCUACCGCAGGUGUGUGUGGGGGCCGAGGGCCCUGAGGGGCCUGGCUGCCGUGUCCUGUUCCAUGUGCUGCCCUUGGAGGCCGGCCUGACACCUGAUGUGCUCAUACCACCCGAGGGGCUCCCAGGCUCGGCCCAGCAGGUGGUCCAGGUGGACAGGGACACAGUUCUCGUCUGCUUUGACCGCUGCGUGCGGAUUGUCAACCUGCUGGGCGAGCCUACGGCCACACUGGCUCCCGUGCUGACCUUCGACUUCCCCAUUGAGACUGUGGUGUGUCUGCAGGACAGCGUGCUGGCCUUCUGGAGCCACGGAAUGCAAGGCCGCAGCCUGGACACCAACGAGGUGACCCAGGAGAUCACAGAUGAGACGAGGGUCUUCCGAGUGCUUGGGGCCCACAGAGACAUCAUCCUGGAGAGCAUUCCCACCGACAACCCGGGGGCUCACAGCAACCUCUACAUCCUCACCGGCCAUCAGAGCAGCUACUGAGCAGUGCAGGCCUAGCCAGUGGCACCCCCUCCCAUGCCUUAGCUGCAGUCCAUUUAGACAGAGGGACCCCUCCGAGGUCAGCGGAGCCCAGGCCCCCAGCUCUGCUGGGCUGAAGGGCAGAAGUAAUCCUGAGAAGUUUGGGGGCUGCGGAGGGGAGGAGCGCCCCUCCCUCAUCCCUGCAAUAACUGGACCAGAGGAAGCUGCUGUCACCUCCCCGCCCCCCUCGCCUUCCCCCCAGCAGCCCAGGUUCUAGUGCCCGUGGCAGAAGCCCUGGGUUGGGUGGAGGCAGGCCCUGGACGAUCCAUUCCAUGUUGUUCCACAUUUCCUUUCCAUUCUUCCUGCCGAGAGCCUGCCCCUGCCCCUGCCCCGUCCUGGGAACAUAAUAUUUAAAAGAGAGAACUAUAUUGGUAUUAAAGCUGGUUUGACUUUA